UUGAAAAGAAUAUAAUAUAUUUAAAAAAAGUUUAUUUUUUUCUUAAGUAAAGUCUUUAAAAUAAAUAACAAAACCCAAAAAGGGCAACAAAAAGAAACAACGUUAAAAAUGUCGUUGACAAAUUGCAGCCUGUUGGCAGUAAUUAUGCCCUUAAUUGCUAUUGUACUCUUAACGACCGGUGGUUUUGCCGGUUUAACACAAGCCAGUGUUAUCAACGAUAUGAAUAAUAUAAUGCGCGAUAUUUCGACGGAAGUGAAUACAAUGGCAUCACCUACAACUACCAGUACUGGCAUGACAACGACCACCACACGACAAAUGAUUUUACGAAAUAGUGACGGUAAAAAGGAUAACAGUGAUAACUUUGUUAAUGUCGACAAUACUAACGUUGAUAGUAUUUCGUAUAGUGAAACUUCUAGUGGUGAAAUUUUACGUUUUGUUAACGAUAACGAUAAUGUCAAUGAAGAUAACGAUAAUAAUGAUGAUUUCAUUGACAUGAGUAUUUAUAAUGAUAAAAAUAAUCAAAAUGAUGAGAUUUUUGGUGGUAAUAGUGUUAGAUCUGACAAUGAAAUCCCCAUGUCAAAUGCUAAAAAUAAUUAUCAACAAAUAAUAGAUAAUAAUAAUGACAAUAGUAAUUAUAUAGAAUCAUUAACUUUAAGAGAUCAAGUGCGUUUAUUGUCGAAACAAUUAAAUGUUUUAAUGAAUCGGCGUCGUGAGGAUUACGAACUAUUGGAGCGUAAUUUACGUAAAUCUCUAAGGAUUACACAAAACAAUCAACCACAGCAACAACAACAACAAAAUCAGCAGCAACAAUCAAUAUCAAAUGAUUUGGAUUUACGCAAUGAAUUGGAAAAAUUGAGACAAGAAGUGCAAAUUUUGCGCAAUGGCCACCAAUUUACGGAUGGUUCAAGCAAUAAGGAACGUUUAACCAUUGAAUGGUUGCAACAAUCCAUUGGUGAAUUACGUAAACAACUUGUGGAAUUGCAACAAAUUGCCAGUAAUGCGAUGAGAGAUGUGACAACACGCACACAAAGUUGGGAAGAUUUAACAACAAUACGUAGUGAUUUUCAACAACUUAAGCUCGAAUUAGCCGCACUCAAAGAACGUCAACAGCAAACGGAUGUCUAUGUACGGGAAUUGCGUGAGGAGACCGAACAGCAAGAAGAGGAAUUUCAACAUUUUAUAAUACAAAAUAAACAAAUGUUUAACAAACAGACAGAAGAAGCCUCAACAGCAAAGCAUGACAAGACGACUGAUGUGGAUACGAAUACAAGCCACUUAAGUACCAGUGAAAGUUUAGAAGAAGAUGAAGAUAAUAAUAAAGAUAUAAAAGAGACAUCUUCACUCACUCAACUGGCUGACCACAGAAGACGACACUGCCGUUUUCAACGUCAACAACUUCACGAACUACAAUUGUCACAACGUCAACUGAAACGUCAAUUUAAUGAAUUGAAAUAUCAUCGUAUUGCCGAACGUGUACGCAGUAUUGAAAUUGAACAACAUCGCAUAGCAGAUGCCAAUUUUAAUCUAUCACGUCAGAUAGCCUCACUCGAUAAGUUACACUCAUCUAUGCUGGAGCUACUCGAAGAUGUUGAGAAUGUUCAAACUAAAGUUGAUAAAAAUAUACCCGAAUUACGUCACGAAAUCUCCAAAUUGGAAUUUGCCAAUGCCCAGCUAAUGUCCGAACAGAAUUUGGUGCGUGAAGAGGGUAAAAAUGUGGCACGUUCGCUGCAGGCAAUGGCUGUUAGUGUUAGUACUUUGCAGGAUGAACGUGAUGGUAUACGGCGUAUGCAAUCAGGCGUUAGUGAAAUGCGUACAAAAUUGGAUCGUUUGCAAACAAUGGUUGAGGAUGUACAAAGAGCUGUACAACAUCGUCAUCAUCGUGGUUAUGGCAACAAGGAUAACAAGAAAUUCUUACAUCAUCAUAACAAUACAUCAUACACAACACAAGAACAACAAACCACAACAACCGGCACACCAACACAAAAUGCUGAAUCUUUAGUUGCCAAAUUGGAAAAUGUUGAAGCACAAUUUGAAUCAAUUAUUGAAAAACUACCCAAGGAUUGCAGUGAAGUGACACCCACAGCCACAAAUGCGAAUGGUGGUCUCUAUCUUAUAGCACCUUCGGCCGAACGUCAUCCGUUGAUGGCUCACUGCAGCUCAGAUGGUUGGACAACAAUACAAAGACGUUAUGACGGCAGUGCAGAUUUCAAUCGUUCAUGGGAGGAUUACGCUAACGGUUUUGGCUCACCGGCCGGUGAAUUUUGGAUGGGCAAUGAGCAAUUACAUCAUUUGACGCUAAACAAUUGUACACGAUUGCGGGUGGUCAUGCAAGACAUUUACGACAAUGUCUGGCUGGCCGACUAUACACAAUUUUACAUAUCGUCGCGCUCUGAUGGUUAUCGUUUGCACAUUGGUGGCUACAGCGGCAAUGCCUCUGAUGCCUUGGACUAUCAGCAGGGCAUGCAAUUUUCGGCCAUCGAUGUAGAUCGUGACAUAUCACAAACGCAUUGUGCUGCUAACUAUGAGGGUGGGUGGUGGUUCUCUCAUUGUCAACAUGCUAAUCUAAAUGGUCGCUAUAACUUGGGCUUGACAUGGUUCGAUGCGGCUCGUAAUGAAUGGAUUGCUGUCAAAUCAUCACAGAUGAUGGUUAAGCGUCAGUCGACGUCGACAUGCCAGUAUAUACAAGAAUCUUUAGCAUCGACCACAAAAGCCUCAGCGACAAUGACGACAACAACAACAGCAACGACGACGACAACGACGUCAACGUCAUCUUCAGCGACAAUAAAUUCUAACAAGUCAAUACCUUUAAAUAACUUAAGAAUACUAGGACAAACUUCAUCCCUGUAGAAGAUUUUUUCUUCAUCGGCAUUCAUUCCCCAAAUAUCAGCAUCUUUAUCAUCUACAUAUAACAUCUCAAUCCCAUCAUCAUCAUCCUCAUAAUUUUCCUCAUUCCAUUCCUUACAUAUAUUCAUUCAUUGUGUCCUCAUUCUUAAGUUAUUGAUGCAUAAAGGGAUUUAAAGAAAACAAAAUGUAAAACAAUAUUAUUCUAAAUUGUAUUUGAAAAUUUGUUGCAAAAUUUUCAAAUGCCCGAAGAAAAGUAUAAAAACUUGUUAGAGUUAGAACCACCAAAGCCAUACCUUAUUAUAGUUUGGAGUAUAGUACGAUUGUGUAUGUGUAAAUCUGAAAGAUUGAUUGAUAAAGCAAAAGAUAGAGUGAGAGUGUAAGAAAGAAAAUGUAUUUGUAUGUAAAUAUUGAAUGUUGUUGGUUGAUAUUUAAGAAAUACAGGAAGCGGAUAUAAUACUUUUCAUCUUUCGAUUUAGUGAUUCAUAGAUUUAUGGAGAAACAACUUUUCCAUAAAUUGUAUAAUCAAUAUUAGAUGGUAAAUCAAUAUUUGUGGUAUUUGCAAUUAAGGAUUUCUGAGGUCUUUAUUGAGGGACUAAAAGUCACUACUGAGCCCUUAUGCAGUUGAAGCUGUUUUCGAUCUAUCGUGCAGUCUGAAUACUAGACUUCGUCAUAAGUUUUCAUUCAAUCAUUACCUGUGUUCAGAUUUUAAAAUUGUUGAUAAACCUGACUAAUAGUUCAAGUCUGAACCGAUUUGAUGUUUUUGCCCUUGAGUUGGAUAACAUCACUUUAAAUAAUUUCAGCUUUUCGCAAACCGUUUAGAGAAGAAAUAACAAGACUGUUAUAUUCGACUAUUCCGAAUCUACUACUAUCAAAA